GCGGCGGGCCUGGCGGAGGUGGGGGCCGGGGGUGCCCGGCGUGGGGACGCCCGCCGGGCCUUCGGGUGGCCGGCGCGAUCCGGACCCCGCCGGGAGCCCCGAGAGGCUUAAUCCUUCUUGGCUUCCAAAGAAAAUGGCAGAAACACCAUCAGAGCCUUCUGGGCAGCUUGUUGUAUACUCAGACACACACAGUGACACUGUCUUGGCCAGUUUUGAGGAUCAGAGGAAGAAAGGCUUUCUCUGUGACAUUACUUUAAUCGUGGAGAAUGUGCACUUCCGAGCCCACAAGGCCUUGCUCGCUGCUAGUAGUGAAUACUUCUCAAUGAUGUUUGCUGAAGAGGGGGAGAUUGGCCAGUCCAUUUAUAUGCUGGAAGGCAUGGUUGCAGACACAUUUGGUAUCCUGCUGGAAUUUAUCUACACGGGUUGUCUCCAGGCCAGUGAGAAAAGUACAGAACAAAUCCUGGCUACUGCUCAGUUCUUAAAAGUCUAUGACCUGGUAAAAGCUUACACAGACUUUCAGAAUAAUCACAGCUCCCCAAAGCCACCAACUUUGAACAUGGCUGGUGCUCCAGUGGUUGUUAUUUCUAAUAAGAAAAAUGAUCCUCCAAAGCGGAAACGGGGAAGACCAAGAAAAGUCAACAGUUUGCAGGAGGGGAAAUCAGAGGUGGCUGCGGAGGAAGAAAUACAGCUGAGAGUGAACAAUUCAGUUCAGAACAGACAAAACUUUGUGGUUAAAGAAGGAGACAAUCGCCUACUGAAUGAACAGAUUCCAGCAAAAGAAAUGGAAGAAGCUGAGCCUGCUUGUGAGUCAGGUAGAGGGGAGGAAAUGCCCACUGAAAAAGAUGAGAACCUUGAUCCCAAGACCCAGGAUGGACAGAACAACCAGAGUCGGUACAGCAAGCGAAGGAUUCGGAAGUCCGUCAAACUUAAAGAUUACAAACUUGUUGGAGAUGAAGAUGACCAGGGUUCAGCCAAGAGGGUCUGUGGAAGGAGAAGGCGCCCCGGUGGCGCUGAGGCCCGUUGUAAGGACUGUGGCAAAGUCUUUAAGUACAAUCACUUUUUAGCAAUCCACCAGAGGAGCCACACGGGGGAGCGACCUUUCAAAUGUAAUGAGUGUGGAAAAGGCUUUGCCCAGAAGCACUCCCUGCAGGUCCACACCCGGAUGCACACGGGCGAGCGGCCGUACACCUGCAGCGUGUGCAGUAAGGCUCUCACCACCAAGCAUUCGCUGCUGGAGCACAUGAGCCUACACUCAGGACAGAAGUCUUUUACCUGUGAUCAGUGUGGAAAAUAUUUCAGCCAGAAAAGACAACUAAAGAGCCAUUACCGAGUUCAUACAGGCCACUCAUUACCGGAAUGCAACCACUGCCAUCGCAAAUUCAUGGAUGUGUCGCAGCUAAAGAAACAUCUACGAACACACACAGGUGAGAAGCCAUUUACUUGUGAAAUCUGUGGCAAAUCUUUCACAGCAAAGAGUUCUCUGCAGACCCACAUCAGGAUCCAUCGAGGAGAAAAGCCAUACUCCUGUGGCAUUUGUGGCAAAUCCUUCUCGGACUCCAGUGCCAAGAGGAGACACUGCAUUCUACACACGGGCAAAAAGCCUUUCUCCUGCCCUGAGUGUAACUUACAGUUUGCUCGCUUAGACAACUUGAAGGCUCACUUGAAAAUCCAUAGCAAAGAGAAACAGGUGUCCGAUGCCAACAGCGUUUCCGGCAAUACUACUACUGAAGAGGUCAGAAAUAUUCUUCAGCUGCAGCCAUAUCAACUCUCCACCUCCGGAGAGCAGGAAAUUCAGCUUCUUGUGACUGAUUCUGUGCAUAACAUCAAUUUCAUGCCUGGUCCUAGCCAAGGAAUCAGCAUUGUCGCUUCAGAGAGUUCCCAGAACAUGACCGCAGACCAGGCUGCUAAUCUCACCCUCCUCACGCAACAGCCAGAACAGCUGCAGAAUUUAAUUCUUUCAGCUCAACAGGAGCAAACAGAACACAUUCAGAGCCUCGAUAUGAUUGAAAGCCAGAUGGAACCCUCACAGACUGAGCCGGUGCACGUAAUCACACUCUCCAAGGAAACCUUGGAACAUCUUCACGCCCAUCAAGAGCAAACAGGAGAGCUCCAUUUAGCAAGUGCUUCAGAUCCAGCUCAGCACCUGCAGCUGACACAGGAGCCUGCUCCGCUGCCGCCCACCCACCACGUGCCGCAGCCCACACGGCUUAGCCAGGAGCAGAGCUGACCUGAAAACGUGUUUGACUGCUCUGUCAGUCUCUUCUCCAUAAGCCAGCCAUAACAGCCAUAACUGGAUUGUGUGCUUGAAGUCGGGCUUUGUGAGACUCUCACUUACAGAUCCUUACAGAGAUGUGAUAACUAGCUGACAGUUACAAUGCUUUCCAUCCGGGCAGCAGGAUGUGUGUAUCAUGUCUUAUAUAAAGUACUGAUUUGGAUUUAGUAUUUCAAUACUGAUGAA